AUGGAGAGGAAGAAGAAGAAAUUGGACAUGGCGGUUCUGGAAAUAAUGGAGAGGAAGAGGAAGGUGGCGGUUCUGAAAAUAAUGGAGAGGAAGAAGAAGGCGGUUCUGGAAAUAAUGGAGAGGAAGAAGAAGGUGGUGGUUCUGGAAAUAAUAGAGAGGAAGAAGGUGGCGGUUUCAGAAAUAAUGGAGAGGAAGAAGAACAAAUUGGACAUGGCGCAACUGAAAAUGCAGAGGAUAAUGAGAUAA